UGACUGUUUGUAGUUUUAAAACACAUUUUGGACAAGUUGUGGUAAAUAAUUAUUAUGUCACUGUCAGCUGGAGUGAAACGGACGGGCUGUGUGUGAGUAUCUUAUUGCCUGAGCUGUCUUUGGUUAGCAGAGGGGACGCAGUAACGUGGAUGAAGCGCAGCCUGCAAACCCAUCUGAAAUCUCAAGGAACAACCCGAGCAGCGAGAGUUUGUUUUAAAUAUCAAGCUAUCUCUUUUUUUUUUCUCCCCUCCGUUCUUUCUCCCUGAGACAUAUCCGAGCGGACACAAGUGGGAGGACACUAACAAAUGUUAAUGCUGAAAUAUGAGAGAACGGAACCGGGGCGGGUGAAGGCACAUGGGAGAGCACUGGUGGUGUCGCUGCUCCGGGCUGUAAAAGAGGAGGAAGACCCCCUCCAAAAAAAAAAAAAAAAAAAAAAAAAAAAAAGGAGGAGGGGGGGGGGGGGGGGGGGUGAAUGCUUGGAUCUAGAUUUGUUUAAGAGGGAUGAUCACAACAACUCCGCACACCUUACGCUCAAGUCCACCAGCAGCGUGGAUCUGUAGACGGAGAGGACGAGUUCAGUUCCAGUUUUGACGCGGACUCAAAAGGAGCCAAAUCCAUCCAGAGAGGAUAACCGAUAUUCAGAAGCUUGCUGAAGCCAAAUAUAUAUAUGUGAAAAAAAAAAUGCUGCGGCUGUUUUGGAGAUCUUGGAGUCUUUCGUGGACCUUGUUUAUCUGCAGCAUGUGCAGAAGCGGUGCGCAGGAACCACAGGGCUACCUGGUCACCGCCCCGUCUGUGUUCAGAGCCGGCGUGGAGGAGACAGUGAGCGUCACCAUCUUCAACGCAAAAGCCGAAACACGCGUCCAGGUGCAGCUGUCGGUGAAGGGACAAGCCGUCGCCCACAACCACAGCUCAGUUUACGAUAAAGGCACCAUCAAACUGAAGGUCCCCUCCGGUCUGAGAGGGCAGGCCCUUCUGAAGGUCUGGGGGAACCGUCAGCUCACCGAGAGAGGCUACAUUUUCCACAACUACACCUCCAUCACCGUGGAGAGCAAGGGCUCAGCCGUCUUCAUCAAGACCGACAAACCCAUCUACAAACCCAAACACAAAGUGCUUAUUAAUGUCUACACAGUGACGCCUGAUUUGAGGCCCAUAAAUGAAAAGAUCGAAGCAUAUAUUUUGGAUCCAAGAGGAUCUCGGAUGAUCCAGUGGAAGGGUCUUAAAUCUGUCUGCUGCGGCAUUGUGAACAUGAGUUUCCCUCUGUCUGACCAGCCUGUGUUUGGAGAAUGGUUUAUCUUCGUGGAGGUGCAGGGCCAAACCUAUAACAAGUCAUUUGAAGUGCAGAAAUAUGUAAUGCCCAAGUUCGAGCUGGUUAUAAUUCCACCCCCUUACAUCCAUGAUCUCAGCUUGUGUGAACAGGCCAGUAUCACAGCCAGGUACACCUUUGGAAAACCAGUAACAGGAAAGUUGACUGUGAAUAUGACUGUAAAUGGAGUUGGAUACUACCGCCAUGAGAUGGGCCAACCAGUAAUUAAAACUAUGGAGAUUAAAGGCUCUGCGAAUUUCAGUCUUUGCGUGAAAGAUAUGAUGCCGCUGGAUGUGGCCGAUCACUUCAGGGGGACAGUAAGCAUUUGGGCUUCAGUGACCAGCAUCGAGGGAAGCAGGCAAACCACGUUUGAUGAUUCAACGGCGGUUCAUAAACAGCUCAUUGACAUCAAGUACUCCAAAGAUACCCGCAAACAGUUUAAGCCAGGUCUGCCUUACAAAGGGAAGAUUGAGGUGACCUAUCCUGAUGGGAGCCCAGCUGAUGGGGUGAGGGUGCGCGUUAAGGCAGAGCUGAUGUCAAAGGACAACGUCUACACCAGCGAACUGAUCUCCAAGGACGGCGAAGCCUCAUUUGAAAUCCCCUCCAUCCCUAUAGCUGCUCAACAUGUCUGGCUUGAGACAGAAGUGACAUCCAUUGACGGCAAGGCAGUGGAAGACCAGUACCUACCUAGCUACCUGUCCAUUAGCAGUUGGUACUCUCCAAGUAGGUGUCACAUCCAGAUCCAGAGUCCCAGCGCCCCUCUUAAAGUUGGCCAAGAGGCUGAAGUGGCUCUAAAAUCUACCUGUCCCUGUAACUUCACACUGCACUACGAGGUGGCGUCCAGGGGAAACAUUGUCCUGUCAGGCAAAGAGCCAGCCAACACGACGGCCUCGCACAGAGGAAAAAGGGCCACAGUGACCUUUGAUAAGAACGUUCACACCACACAGCUCCCUUCCUCUGCCUCUGGUGUUGCAGGGUCUUUGUCCGAGGCUGAGAUGGACUCCUGUGUGUCUUAUCUGCGUUUUCCUGUUAGUCACAGCAUGGCGCCCCUCAGUCGUCUGCUGGUGUACUACGUCAGAGAAAACGGCGAGGGCGUAACGGACAGUCUGCAAAUCUCUGUCCAGCCCGAGUUUGAGAACAAGGUGUCUGUUUCUUUUUCAUCUAACGAGUCGAUACCAGGAGACCCGGUGACCCUGCGUGUCCGGGGGGAGAGGGGCUCAUGCGUUUGUUUGGCCACUGUGGAUAAAAGUCUUUACCUGUUAAAGCCCGACUUCCAGCUUAGUCCCAGCAAGGUGUUCAAAGAGAUGGCCGAUUUCGAUGUGUCGGAUGUCUUUGGUGUCCCUAAAGAUGACGGACACAUGUGGUGGCCUGGACUAUCCUCAAAGAGACGCAGGCGGUCAUCGGUGUUCCCAUGGGACUGGGACAUCACUAAAGAUGCACGCUUUGCUUUUACAGAAACAGGGCUGGUGGUGAUGACAGAUAUGGUGAGUUUAAACCACCGGCAGAGUGGAGGGAUGUACACCGAUGAGGCUGUUCCUGCCUUUCAGCCACACACGUCGACUGUAGUGACUGCCGUUCACCCCCGGCCCACAACCAGGAGUGAAAAGCGGAGACGCACAUUUUUCCCUGAAACGUGGGUAUGGCACUGCUUGAACAUCACCUCUGAAGCCGGGGAGGCUCUCCUCCAGUUGGAUGUCCCAGAUUCGAUCACCACAUGGGUCACGGAAGCUGUCGCACUCUCGGAGGAGAAGGGACUGGGUUUGGCAGAAAGGACAGAGCUUCGGACUUUCAAGCCCUUCUUUGUUGACUUCACACUGCCUUACAGUUUAAUCAGAGGGGAGCAGACCAAAGUGCCUCUUACAGUCUACAACUACCUUCCCACUUGUUCUGAGGUGCAUGUAAAAGUGUCAGUUCCUAAAGGUAUCAAGUUUAUUGGCCACCCUGGAAAGCACCAUCUUACCAGAAAGAAAUGCGUGGCUCCUGGAGAGGCCAUUCCUACGUCCAUUGUGUUGUCUUUUACUGAACUUGGAUCUGCAAACAUCACAGCACGAGCCAUUGCUUACAGUUCACCAAGUUGCUGUUCAGAUGGAAUAGUGGCAGGAAAGACCAGUAAUUAUGCAGAUGAAAGGAGGAUCCCCACUGGUUUGGACUACGUUCGCAGGACGGUCCUGGUCGAGCCAGAGGGGCUAUCAAGAGAGUACACCUACAGUGUUUUCUUCUGUCCCAAUGAGAGAAUCCACAUCUCCACCCCUAAUAAGUACGAGUACCAAUAUGUCAAAAAGCCAUCCAAGAUGAAGCAGUUUGAGGUGGCUGUGAAGACCCACAACGACGCCCACAUUGCCCUCUCUGCCAGUCCCCACGAUAGUGCCGACAUGCUUGAGAUUGUACUCGGAGGGAGGCAGAAUACACGCUCCUGGAUUUCCUUAGGCAAGAUGGGUGACCCCCUAGUCAGCGUCUCCACGCCGGGGAUGCUGUCCUGGGAUGAGUUCCGCAGUUUUUGGAUCAGUUGGAGAGGAGGCGUGGUACAGGUGGGCCAUGGUUUACAUCCAUCCAAUGAAUCCAUCAUCCUGCAGUGGGCAGGCCAUUUCCCAGGACAGGUGCAACACAUUGGGUUCUCAACCGGGUGGGGCUCUGUAGGAGAGUUUAAAAUCUGGAAGAAGGAGGACUCUGAUGAUGACCACAAUGAGGCCUUCACUCUUGGGGUACCGCACAACAUGGUGCCUGGAUCAGAAAGGGCCACUGCAUUUAUGAUUGGGGAUGUAAUGGGACCAACUCUAAAUAACCUGGACAAGCUGCUGAGGUUGCCCUUCGGGUGUGGAGAGCAGAACAUGAUUCACUUUGCGCCCAACGUCUUCGUUCUGAAGUACCUUCAAAAGACCGGGCAACUCAGUCCUGAGGUUGAAACCGAAGCCACCGACUAUCUGCUUCAAGGUUAUCAGAGACAGCUGACCUAUAAACGCCAGGAUGGGUCAUAUAGUGCCUUUGGCGAAAGGGAUUCGUCAGGCAGUAUGUGGUUGACGGCGUUUGUUCUGAAGUCCUUUGCUCAGUCCCGCGGGUUUAUCUUUAUUGACCCAGAAGAGCUCCGUGCGGCCAAGUCUUGGCUCAUCAAACAUCAGCGAGAGGAUGGUUCCUUUCCUGCUAUGGGACGCAUCCUCAACAAAGACCUACAGGGAGGGAUCCAUGGCAAGAUAUCUCUAACGGCUUAUGUGGUUGCAGCUCUGUUGGAGACGGGGAUAGCCACAGAGCAAGAGAAGGUGGCAGUGGCUAAAGCAAAGGAUUUCUUGGAAAGCAACAUGUAUUCUGCCAAUGACCCUUACACCACAGCUCUGUCGGCAUACGCCCUGUCUUUGCUUCGCAGCGUCUAUGCUCCGCUGGCUCUGCGUCGCCUCAACCACAUGGCCAUCACUCAAGAUGGGCUCACCCACUGGAGUCUGACUGGCAGCACGGUGACCGACGAAGAUACUUUCAUGGGCUUCAGCGAUGGCCCCUCUCAAUCAGUUGUGUCAGCAGAGGUGGAGAUGACUGCCUACGGUCUUCUGACCUACACCAUCCUGGGCGAUGUCGCUUCUGCACUGCCUGUUGUCAAAUGGCUCUCCCAGCAAAGGAACGCCUUGGGCGGAUUCUCUUCCACACAGGACACGUGCGUGGCUCUGCAUGCCCUGUCGGAGUACGCCAUCCUGUCAUACAUAGGAGGGGUCAACCUCACCAUUUCUCUGGCCUCCACCAACCUCGACUUCCAGGAGGCCUUUGAGCUCAACAGAGACAACAAGAAACUCCUUCAGAGGGCCAAGAUACCAAGUAUCCCCACAGGCCUUUUCGUCAGUGCUAAGGGCGAAGGCUGCUGUCUCAUGCAGAUUGAUGUGUCUUAUAACGUACCUGACCCAGUAGCAAAGCCCGCUUUUCAGCUCAAGGUGGAUCUGAAGGAGCCUUUACAGGAGCGACGCCCACAGCCCUCCUCCUCGUCUUCUACGUCCAGACACUCUACGUCACGUUCCCGGAGCCGUGCCGAUAACCGCUCUGAGCUCAGUCGGAAGCGUCGGGCUCCCAUCGACGACGACGACCCGGCGGGCCACCGGGACAAACUGAACUUCCACAUCUCUUUAGAAGUUUGUGCCAGGUGGCUACAUUCAGGUUCAUCCAACAUGGCAGUCAUUGAAGUUCCCAUGAUUUCUGGCUUCAGAGCAGAUGUUGAAAGCCUGGAGAGACUGAUGAUGAAUAAAAGAGUGGGGCUGAAGAGGUACGAGCUGAACGGCAGAAAGGUCUUGUUCUACUUCGAUGAGAUUCCCAGUCAGUGUAUGACGUGUGUGGCCUUCCAAGCUAUCAGGGAAUACAUUGUGGGCAAGACGGCGCCUGUUCCAGUCAAGAUCUAUGACUACUAUGAACCAGCUUUUGAGGCCACCAGGUUCUACAAUGUUAGCGAGAGCAGCCUACUCGCACGGGAGCUGUGUGAUGGACCCACGUGCAAUGAGGUGGAGAGCUCAAAAAAUCAGUGGAUAGGUUUUGUGCAGGCAAACCAGUGCAACAAAGUGUUAGGCUGCCUGGAGGAGGAGCAGAUCGAGCGCUGCACGUGUUACAGGGACUGUGGCUACGACGGGGAGCCCGUUUGUGGGUCAGACGGGCAGCUCUACCAGAACCAGUGUCAGAUGGAGGUGUCGUCUUGUCGAAACGGGACUCGCAUCAAGCAAGUUCCCCUGUCACAGUGUUCACACAGUAAGACCAUUGAAAACAGCCAGCCGGUGGUGAGCCAAGAAACUGAGCAACCUUCAGUUCCUGUACACGCAGGUGACGAGGAACAGGGCUCCAUGGCAGAGGUGUCCUACUACUCCUACGAAUAUGACUCAGAUUCUGACCCUUUCCUUGCUGACGGGGAGGGAGGGGACCAUUUUGACAUACCUGAAGGUGGGGGAGGUGUGCAGCAUAAAGCGCCCCUACCAGCAAAUACCCAGCUACCCACAAUGGACACAAAGAGCACACCCGAGCGAUGAAAACUACAGAGUGAAGGCACAUGCCCACCUCCAAAACUGUACCAUAUUUGUGAAUAUGCUUGCGAAUGGAAAGAAAGCGGCAACUCUGCGGACUUGCUUUGGCAGAAAGUUGGUGCGGUCUGGAAACUUGAGUUUCUGUUGUUAGGUGAAUGGAGUCAGAGUGGAUGCCUUUAUCAUGGAUGUCUGUUUUUGUGUGUAGUAGGAUGUGAAUGAGAAUGAUCUUGAAGCUAGAAUCCUCCAGACCUCUUUCCUUCCUGUAAACCCAUCAAUAGGCAACAAUAGCGUCUUUAUCCAGUGUGAUGCGUUUAUAAUCAGUAGAAAAAUAAGCAAGUUUUUAUGUUUGUAAUUACACGCAAUGUAAAACAAUAUGUUUUAUUAUAUUUUCUAUCUGUGGUAUUUAUUUGUAGCUAGACGUUUGUUUUUUUUCUAUUUUAAAGUCAUCACCUGCCCACACAGACUACUUUUCCCCCCAUCGUGGUUCUUGAUGUGCUUAUUCAAAGCAUUUUCUGGCUUUAACAACAAUAUCUGAAAGGUUUUAUAGAAGUGAUGUUGCUGGUAUGCUGCUGGAGGAAGACAUAUGCCGACCAUAUGCUUUACAGAGACAUAAGCUGAAGUUCUUUUCCAUUAGAAGAUGUUUUCUUCAUUUUUGUUUUUAUUUGUUACAUACACGGCUUUGAAGAGACAGGAAACCUAACCUGAGAGAGCAAUGCGGCAAAGGUCUCGUCAAACGACAGACUGUACAGCUUUGAACGCCGCUGCGUUUGGACUCUGCAUCUGUCUCCAAAAACUACUCAACCGCCAUCUGCUCGCCAUUCACCUUCCAUACCAGGAAAUCUGAUUGUACAGAUCAUAAGCUAUUUUGUGUUUCGUUCAAGCGAUUGAUGUUUAGGAAACUGAUUGGUGUAAAUGUACCAAAUUUGACCAAAUAUAAUCCUGAUUCAUAUAAAAUAUUGUUUUUCAAACAAAAGAGAAUAAAAUUUAUACACAAAC